AUGGCUACUGCGGUCACUGGGCAAUGUCAGGAAGGCAAGGCGGAAGAAGCCCCCUGUGAAUUGCAUCCGCUUCAGGAUUCAUGGACAUAUUAUUUAUUUCUUUUCAAGAGUAGUGGACUUUGGGAUGAAAGUUUAGAAAAAGUAGCAACUUUUUCCACAAUUGAACAUUUCUGGAGCGUUAUGCUGCACACAGAUCCACCCUCCGGCAUCGCUAAUGGAACGGAUGUUUACAUGUUCCGUUCAGAGAUUCAGCCUCGUUGGGAAGACCCGAAAAACGAAUCUGGUGGCCGCUGGUUGUUGAACCUCUCAUCCAGCAGCCCGAUUGAUAGCAGAAUAUCCGCAUUCUGCAAGCUGAAAACCAUGCUCAGCUCUGAUAUGCUGCUGACCCACUACGACCCGAAAUUACCGAUUAUUGUGGCAGCUGACGCCUCCAACUGUGGAGUCGGUGCUGCCAUCCUACACGUCUUCCCAGAUGGAUCAGAGAAAGCCAUUAUGCAUGCGUCGAAAUCGCUAACUCCAGCAGAACAGCGAUACGGCCAAAUAGAGAAAGAAGCGUUGGCACUGGUGUUUGCGGUUCGGCGUUUCCACAAGCUACUGUAUGGCCGCCGUUUCACUCUACUCACCGAUCACAAACCACUGCUCUCCAUUUUUGGUUCAAAGGAAGGUGUUCCAGCGCACUCUACCAACCGCCUGCAAAGAUGGGCUCUGAUUGUGCUGGGUUACGCAUACUGGCCGCACAUGGACCAGCACAUCACUGAUUUUGUAAAACGCUGCUCCCGAUGUCAACAAGCUUCAAAGAAUCCGCCACACCAACCACCGGUUCCUUGGCCUCGACCUGAAAAGCCCUGGUCUCGGAUCCACAUUGAUCACGCAGGACCGAUACGUGGCACUUUUUGUUUGGUUUUGAUUGACGCUUUUUCCAAGUGGCGAGAAAUCGUUCCUGUGUCAUCUCCAACAACAUCUAGUACGCUGAGAGUGUUAUCCAACAUUUUCAGUCAGCAUGGAUUACCGGAGUCCAUAGUCUCAGACAAUGGUUCGCCGUUCACCUCUGCUGAGUUCCGCGACUUCUGCACUCGACAUGCGAUAACACACGUUCGUUCACCACCGUACCACCCACAAUCGAACGGUCAAGCAGAAAGGUUCGUCGACACAUUCAAGAGGGCUUUGCUUAAAGCUCGAGGGGAGGAGACAUCCGUCGAAGCCCUUCAGGGAUUCCUGUUUGUGUACCGAACGACCCCGAAUGACGCUUUGGCAAGCCACCAGUCACCUGCAGAGGCACUCAUGGGCCGUAAACUGAGAACUGUGCAUUCUUCCAUGUUGCCAACACAACCUACUGAGUCAAGGUCCAUACCGGUGGCAGUUGGAACCCCAUUCAAGGUGGGAACGCCCGUGCUUGUCCGUGACUAUCGCCCAGGACAUGAUUCAUGGAUUGCAGGUCGUAUCUUGCGCAAACGCGGUAGUGUAAUGUACGACGUGUCGGUUGGUCAAGACACCUGGACCAGACAUCAAAACCAACUCCGCCUUAACAGCACGCCGGAAACUCAAGUGUGUUCAGGUACCGUACGGUUGGACGUUGCUUGA